ACUUUACCAAAACAGCAAAUAUUUUCGAACGUGGAAACUUUCGGUCGACGUGCUCUUGAUGCGAUCAAAACAAAUUACCGGCAAAAAUGUGCAGAACUUUACCGAGAGCAGCCUACCGCCAGCACUAUUUGUGACCGCCUAAUGACUAACCGUAACUAGAACCCAAACUAGCAAGCCGACAACACAGUGUAUCUUCAACGAUGAAGCUGGUCCGAAAGAACGUCGACAAAACGGGUGAUGGGAGUAUAACCCUGGUACCCGAAGAACCGGAGGAUAUGUGGCAUGCGUACAAUCUCAUCGCUGAAGGCGAUCAAGUGCGUAGCAGCACUAUUCGAAAGGUACAAAAUGAAACCGCUACAGGCUCUUCUAGCAGCAGCCGCGUUCGAACAACACUAACGAUUGCCGUCGAAACGAUAUACUUUGACACGCAGGCACAGGUACUGCGCUUGAAGGGUCGCAACAUAGAGGAAAAUCAAUUUGUAAAGAUGGGAGCAUACCAUACGAUCGAUCUCGAGUUGAACCGCUCAUUCACACUCAUGAAGCCAGAAUGGGACACGAUCGCGCUGGAACGCAUCGAAAUGGCUUGUGAUGUAACGCAAAAUGCGGACGUAGCCGCGGUGAUCAUGCAGGACGGGUUGGCCCAUGUUUGCCUGAUAACGGCCAGCAUGACGCUGGUACGAAGCAAGAUCGACGUGGCGAUUCCACGCAAACGCAAGGGAAACGUCCAGCAGCACGAGAAGGGUCUGAACAAAUUCUAUGACGCCGUUAUGCAGGGUAUACUGCGGCACGUAAACUUCGACUUGGUGAAAUGCAUCCUGAUCGCGUCACCCGGCUUUGUGAAGGAUCAGUUCUACGAGUAUAUGUUCCAGCAGGCUGUAAAGACUGACAACAAGGUGCUGAUAGAUAAUAAAAGUAAAUUUAUGCUGGUUCAUUCAUCGUCCGGAUUCAAGCAUUCUCUCAAAGAGGUGCUACAAGAUCCAACCGUGAUCGCAAAAAUGUCCGACACUAAAGCGGCAGGUGAGGUGAAAGCGCUGGAAACUUUCUACAAUACGUUGCAGUUCGAACCGGCAAAGGCUUUUUAUGGCAAAAAGCAUGUUUGCAAGGCGGCUGACGCACAAGCAAUUGAAAUGCUACUGAUUUCGGACAAUCUAUUCAGAUGUCAGGACGUGGCUACACGCAAGGAAUACGUUCAGCUGGUGGAAUCGGUCCGUGAUUCGGGUGGUGAGGUGAAAAUAUUCUCCAGCAUGCACGUCUCGGGUGAACAACUCGCACAGCUAACCGGUGUGGCAGCAAUCCUGCGAUUCCCUAUGCCAGAACUCGAGGACAGCGAUAAUGAAGGCAGCGACGGUUCGGAUUCAGAAUGAACAGGGAGCAGAAGAUUAAUACCCAGACACGGAUGUCCUAGCCGCCCGUACGCGCAUAUGGCUUAAUGGUGGAUGGCUUAAUUGUACGUAUUCGUUUUAAAGUGUAAUUAUGCGAGGUCAUAUAGGUCAUGUAAUAGGCACCAAUAGAUUCAGAGGGUUUGUGUUUUAUAUUUUUCAUGUCAGCAAUGUAAUACUUUAAAUAUUCAAACUAGUUACGGAUAAAGUUCCUUCUACAACUUGAACGGAAUAUUAGCCAGGGGCGCACCAUUAGGCGAAUAAACGGUUGACAAGAGGGACAGCAUAAAGGACAAACUCCACUAGCAAAACAAUUAAAACAAGCAGAUGGGGAGAGGACUUUUAGAAACCUUUUUUCUCUCAUGCCUUCCGUUAAAUCCUUUACUGGUUGUUGGCAGGCACUCCAACAGGCUGCUUAUUCCGCUCUUAGGAAGAUUCGUCUCUGAUGCUUACGCUAUAUUUUUUAUCAACACAUUAAUCAAGAAUACAGAAAAGAAAAGAUCAUAAUUGCUGACUACAAAUUAACAUCAGGGACACAAGCAAUAUUAGCUAGGUAUUACAUCCACUAGACGACAAGCUCUGUUUUGCGGUUCUAAAAUUCAUGUUGGUAUAAAAGUAUGCUCGGCCCUAUUAAAAAUUUCAAUUUAUUCAUCCUUUUCCUGUUCUAUUUUUGCCAAUGAUUAGAAAGAAGUUACGGAAAUGAGCAAAAGCACAAUCAACCCAUUUGAAUUGCCAUGUUACUACCAUUGAUAUUAUACGCGAUCACAGCAAAGCGGGAUGACAAAACGACGUGUAGGAUAUUAGGGAAAUGAAAUUCAACCGACCUCAGGAUGAUAGCUACACAGAAUGCGAUUUUAUCAUGUCUAUACUGUAAAUAAAUGUACCGUUCCGAACAAAAUGGAAACACUCAAAACGAUAGCUACAUGUUGCAGCCUUUUAAACUAGGAAAAGUACUUGAAAGAGAUCAUAACUCCCAAAACAUGAAUAAUAAUGUACAGAGCUCUACUCCCACUCGCAACAGUUCUAUAACGAUCAGUAGGCGGAAUUGGUUGCGCGAAAAAAAAGAAUACAUUCAUCCAACUUCAAGCUUGCUUCUCUGUUUUUUUU